AUGCCUGAGAAGGAAUAUCCUCUCCUGACCGACGACUACGUCGCCGGACUACUCUCGCAAGAGGCCAAUGACUGCUCAACCAAGUACUCGGCCCUCGGCCUUGACGCCUACAAAUCUUCAAAACGACCACAAAACCAGCCGAAACCAAACACCCGAUUCCUGAACAACAUAAUCCGCGACACAAACUCCCACAACCGUGCUCUGCUGGCCAAAGAGAGCGCCGAAUCACAGGCUCGCCUGCGCGAGCUCGAACAGGCCGAGCGAGACAAGCAACGCGAGCAGGAGCGGCUGCAGCGCCGAGCACGGCCGGGCCCUGCAGACACGCGCAAGCGCAUCCUCGGCGACAUCGCCGCCUUCAUAAGUCCCGGUGCGGCAUCCUCGUCUCGGGCGACGAAACGGAGGCGCGGGGAGGCUGAAGGAGCGGAGACUGCUGAAGACGGCAGACGAGGAACAGAUGAUAGGGAACGCUCAAGACCACCGAGGCGCUCAAGAGGCGACACAACGUCUGGCCGGCAUUCCAGCAGCAGAAGCCAGGAUCUAUUCAACGAGUCGGGCACGACACGCGAAUCUGCAGGAAGAUUGAACGCGGACAAGAGCCGGGAUGAUCACGAUCGGAAGUCGAGGCGUCGCGCAUACCGAGAUCGCAGCGACGACGAGACUAGCCGGAGUCACAAGAAGAGCUCGAGGCGUGACACCAGUCAGGAUGAUGCAGAGAGGGGUCGACAUCACCAUAAGAGCUCGAGGCACAAAGGAGAACGUGAUCGACACCACAAGAUACGGUCCCGCAGCAGGAGCCCGGCAAGACACAAGCGAUCAGCACCUUCAAGGUCUUCAAGAACGCGGGACGCUCCUGCAGAGAUGGAGUCGGACUCUGAUCCACUUGACGACCUAAUCGGGCCCACCCUCCCGCCAAAGCAGGAUACUGUGCGUGCUCGAGGCCGGGGCGCGCAUGCCAGCUCGUCUGGUAUUGAUGGCCGCUUUGCAGCAGACUACGAUCCUACCAUGGACGUGGGUCCAGAGCCCGCGUCAGGUUCUGCGGAAGCCGACUGGGAAGGCACAGUAGAGGCAUAUCGUGACCGACAGAAAUGGCGCAAGCAAGGCGCCGAAAGACUGCGAAGCGUAGGGUUCACCGAGGACGAGAUCAAGCGAUGGGAAACGGGCGACAAGAAGGACGAGACAGACGUGCGGUGGACGAAACAAGGCGCUGUGCGUGAAUGGGACAGGGGCAAGGUCGUCGAUACCGACGGCGAUGUUGCGCUCGAACCGGAAUGGGGAAGGCUUAAGGGGACCUAA